AUGGCCGCCGCUACUAGCGCUGCUUCAUCUCAGCAGCCCACCGUCUUCCCCCACAGCCAUGUCGGUUUCGAUAGCAUCACCUCCCAGAUUGAGCGGAAGCUGUUGAAGCGUGGUUUCCAAUUCAAUGUGAUGUGUGUUGGACAAACUGGUCUGGGUAAAUCCACACUGGUCAACACCAUCUUCGCGUCCCACUUGAUCGACUCCAAGGGUCGCCUCACUCCCAAUGAGCCCGUGCGCUCCACAACUGAGAUUCAGACAGUCUCUCACAUAAUCGAGGAGAACGGUGUACGCCUCCGCUUGAACAUUGUUGACACUCCCGGCUAUGGCGAUCAGGUCAACAAUGACCGAUGCUGGGACCCGAUCGUCAAGUACAUCAAGGAUCAGCACUCAGCAUACCUUCGCAAGGAGCUCACCGCUCAGCGUGAGCGCUACAUUCAAGACACCCGCGUUCACUGCUGUUUGUUCUUCAUCCAGCCGUCUGGACAUGCUCUCAAGCCCAUCGAUAUCGUUGUCCUGAAGAAGCUUUCAGACGUCGUCAAUGUCGUUCCCGUCAUCGCCAAGGCCGAUUCCCUCACUCUAGACGAACGUCAGGCAUUCAAGGAGCGCAUCAAGGAAGAGUUUGCCUUCCACAACCUGAAGAUGUACCCAUAUGACAACGAUGAGCUCGACAAUGAGGAGCGAGCAAUCAAUGCCCAGAUCAAGGACAUUAUUCCUUUCUCCGUUGUCGGCAGUGAGAAGACUAUCGUGGUGAACGGCAAGCAGGUCCGUGGCCGUCAGAACCGAUGGGGUGUCAUUAACGUGGAAGACGAGACCCACUGCGAAUUCGUCUAUCUCCGAAACUUCCUUACUCGCACUCAUCUGCAAGAUUUGGUCGAGACCACUAGCCAGAUUCACUACGAGACCUUCCGCGCCAAGCAACUGUUGGCCUUAAAGGAGAGCAGCGCCGCCGGUGGCCUCUCUAGUGGUAGCCGCCCCAUCAGUCCAUCUGCGGAUCGCGAACUGAGCCGCAAUUCGCAACGAGCUGCCAUGAACGGUUAUUAA